UCCUAAAUCUUCACCAUGUUUGAAUCGUGAAUUUGAAGAAUUAGUAUUUGUCAACCUUAAUGCUGACUAUUUUUCUAAAGCUAGGAAUACAAAUAGUAGAAUAUGUCCUGAUGGCCAAUUAAUAUAUGAAAGUAUAUUUCCUAGAUUUAAGAUGGAAGUAGGAUCACUUGAAUUAAGUAAACUGGUAAAUUCAUCAUUCAAUAAGAAACAGAGUGAUAAGGCAAAGCUUAUAUUAGCAAUGCUGAUAUCUGGAGCUCACGUUCGUAAUGAUUUUGAUCCUUCAUACAUAACCCAAUCUAUUCAAAAAUUGCUUGAAGAAAUUGGAUAUGUGACUCUACAAGUUCACAAUGAGAAUUUAAUUGCACAUAUAUAUAACUUCACUUAUAGCCUAAUUAAAGUAAGACAAAUUUUAAUUGAUGUCUUAAUUCUGGUUCAUCCUACAGUUCGAAUUAGAUUAGCAAUUCUUUGGAAUGCUAAAUCAUUAAUCAGAUUUGUGGCCAAAAUUAGAAAUUACAAAAAUUCUUAG